CAUCAUUCCGUGACUUCAACGUGCCGUGACUGGAGACCCUUAGUCCACACACUUCGUUUACCUCGAAUUUCAAUUCAACGCCCAAGAUGUCCAAGUUUAGCCUCAUCCUGUUGUCCGCCCUGCUGGGCUGUCUUGUGUCCGGUGGAGCGGCUGGAACAAUACGUGUGGAUACCACCGGCAUCCAAGUGGUGGAUAAUAUCCAUGUCUUUGCCGCCCAAUACCCGGGUCUGCAGAUCCAGCAGAUGGAGAAGGAAAUUGUGCCGGCCAAGGCCCGCGUCGGAAGCCAGACCGUGCGCUACAACAUGGGAGCCCGCAUUCCGGGCGACGAACUGGUGGCCCAGACAGCCAACACUUACGAAUUCCCACGGGCGCAAGAUGUGAGCCUGCAGCUUACCUAUCCGGAGAACGGCAAGGGUGCCACUGUAUCCUACGUGGAGCUGCUCUGCACCCAGGACACCAACGAGGGCACCGCCUACGUGGUCGCCGGAGGCAUCGGCCAGAGCUUGAUCUCCAUCGUGCUGGAGGCCAAGAACACCAAGAACUUCUCAUACCAGGCUCUCUACUACGGAGUCAACUAGGAGGCAUUUGCAUUAGUUCCUCGCUAGCUUUAUAUAUAUAUAUAUUUUUUUUUUUUUUUAAAUGUGACUCCAAUUUUAAAUACAUAUGUAUAAUGGCAGACUAAAAUGAUUGCAGCACCUGCAAUUAUCUAGAUUUACGUAAUUAAUUUCAUUUCAUUGAUGGGAUAAAGUUUAUAUGCUGUCAUAUGUUUAAUCGUAAAUAUGCAAUUAGAUCAUAUAUGUUUGUACUAUCAGUCACUCUGUUAAUUGAGUUAUAUGAUAAAUCAAAUUCGGACCUGUUCCUCUAAUUAAAAAAUUUCAUUUUUAACGAAGAAUGUGUAGAUCC